CUUCUUCCCCUAACUAGCUUUUUUUCUGUAUGGGAUUUCAAGAUGGCGUCGAGCGGAGGAAAUGGGGAACACGAAUGGACAGCAGCGGUGCGACCGCUUUUAUCGGCUUCGUACACCGCAUUUGAAACGAAAGAGCUGCCGCAGCUUAUCGGAUCCAUUAUUAACAGUGAAUCGGACAUUCUUCAUCAUGACAAACAAUAUGAGCCGUUCUACUCGUCAUUCGUGGCACUCUCUGCACAUUACAUCACUACAGUAUGCGGGCAAAUACCAAGGAAUCAGUUGCUCUCUGUAGCUGCGGCAUGCAAAGUUCUGAUCGAAUUCUCUUUGCUGCGCUUGGAGAACCCUGACGAAGCAUGUGCUGUGUCACAGAAACACCUGAUUCUUCUAAUAAAAGGACUUUGCACGGGCAGUAGCAGACUGGAUCGCACAGAAAUUAUUACUUUCACUGCAAUGAUGAAGUCUGCCAAGCUGCCUCAAACGAUUAAAACCCUUUCCGAUGUCGAGGAUCAGAAGGAGGCACCCAGUACUUUGAACCCUGAACUGCGACACAAAGAAGUGCAGAUGAACUUCUUUAAUCAGCUAACUUCAGUGUUUAACCCCGACCUUAGCACCAUUUUUGCACCUUCGCCACACAUGCAGGCUGAGAGUGAGUGUGAUGACCAGACAUCUGACCAAGGUGCUCAGGCCAAAAUGAAGAAUGCAUUUGUCGCUCAGAAUGUGUCAAGCCUACAAGAACUGGGUGGGUCUGAGAAGUUACUGCGAGUGUGUCUCAACCUACCCUACUUUCUACGUUACAUUAACCGUUUCCAAGAUGCUGUGUCAGCAAACUCAUUCUUCAUCAUGCCUGCCACAGUAGCUGAUGCCACAGCUGUCCGUAAUGGAUUCCAUUCACUGGUGAUUGAUGUAACCAUGGCUUUGGACACGCUCUCUCUGCCUGUACUGGAGCCACUGACACCAGGCAGAUUACUGGAUAUGACCGUCCUGGCUUUGAGUUGUCUUUACGCUGGUGUAAGCGUGGCCACCUGCAUGGCCAUACUACAGGUAGGAAGUGGCUUGCAGCUUCGCUCUGCCUCCACUGGGACCAAAGAGGAGGACUAUGAAAACGACGCUGCCACAAUAGUCCAGAAAUGUUUGGAGAUCUAUGAAAUGAUUGGACAAACCAUCAGCAAUUCUCGUCGAGCUGGUGGAGAGCAUUACCAGAACUUCCAGCUUCUUGGUGCAUGGUGCCUUUUAAACAGCCUCUACCUGAUUCUUAACCUGAGUCCCACGGCCCUCGCAGACAAAGGCAAAGAGAAAGAUCCUUUGGCUGCUUUGCGUGUCCGAGAUAUUGCUGCUCGCACCAAAGAUGGUGCCGGGUCACCGAAACUGGGUCCUGGCAAAGGACACCAAGGAUUUGGAGUUUUGUCGGUGAUCUUGGCCAACCAUGCCAUCAAGCUUUUAACGUCACUAUUCCAAGAUUUACAAGUUGAGGCCCUGCACCGAGGUUGGGCAAGUGAUGGUCCACCUGCUGAGCUCAACAUCAUGGCGCAGAGCACUUCCAUCCAGAGGGUCCAAAGGCUCAUCGACUCUGUACCGCUGACCAACCUUCUCUUCACACUUCUCUCUACUGCCUACAAAAAGGCUUGUGUUCUCCAGCGCCAGAGAAAAGGCUCAGUCAGCAGUGACGCCAGUGCUUCCACUGACUCCAACACCUACUAUGAGGAUGACUUCAGCAGCACGGAAGAGGAUAGCAGCCAAGCAGAGAGAAGACAGGAGAAGACAAGUGCAGCUUGUGUCUCAGAUGAUGACAGUGAACCCAUCCUGGGACUUUGGUUUGAAGAGACUAUUUCACCCAGCAAAGACAAAGUAGCCCCCCCACCUCCUCCUCCACCCCCACCCCUGGAGACCUCUCCUAGACUAAAGAGCCCCAGCAAGCAGAAUCCAAGCGAGAAUGGCAACAUUUUGGCAGGCCGAAAAGAUCCAGAGCUUUUCCUCAGUUUAGCCUCUAGUAUUUUGAACUUCAUUACCACUUCCAUGCUGAAGUCCAGGAACAACUUCAUCCGCAACUACCUAAGUGUAUCGCUGACAGAGCCACACAUGGCGACGUUAGCCAGCAUCAUCAAAGAUGUAGACAAAGAUGUCAAAGGAUCCUCAGAUGAAGCCUUCUCUUUAGCUCUGUAUCACUUCAACCACACUUUAGUAACAUCAGAUCUGCCAUCCCCAUCCCUGCAGGACACCCUUCUUCAGCAACUCGGUGUUGCGCCCUUUUCAGAGGGUCCGUGGCCCUUAUACAUUCACCCUCAGUCACUUUCGGUACUAUCCAGGCUCCUUCUCAUCUGGCAGCACAAAGCCAGUGUGCAAGGAGAGCCAGAUGUGCCUGAGUGUAUGAAAGUCUGGGAAAGAUUUUUGGGAACACUGAAGCAGCACACCCUGCAGGGAGCUGUUCAUGGAGAGGAUGACCUUAAUGUGGAGCACUUACAACUCAUGCUGUUGCUCUUCCACAACUUGUCGGAACGUGGCAGAGGGAGAGUCCUUACUUUGGUCACCCAGGCAAUCGCAGACGUGGCACUGAGCAGAGAGAGCCAACUGAAAGCUGUGCCUCUAAACCUGGCUCGCCUGCUGCUGGUUUUUGACUAUCUACUGCGCCAUUACUCAAAGGCCCCCUUGUACCUUUUUGAACAGGUGCAGUACAAUCUACUCACCCCUCCAUCAAGCGGCCCUGGUUCUCACCAGGAUGUCAGCAAGCGCAGUAGUCUUCCACUUUACUAUGGCUUUAAAGAGGUGGAGGACAACUGGGCGAAGCACUGUCCAUCUAAUUCAAAUGUUCAGCCCAAAUUCUACUGCGUUUUGUCCCCUGAGGCAUCUGAAGAUGAUAUCAGCAGACUAGACACCAAGGUAUUUCCAAAGCUGUUCAAUGGAGUAGUGUCCUACGAUGAACUUUACGCUUGGUUGAUCUCACUCCUGGCAGCAGGCUCACAGUUUGACACAGCAAGAAGACAAGAGAACAAGCCUGUCACUCCAAUGGAGGCCUGUUCCCUUCAGUACUUCUUCCUAGUCCUGUGGCGGAUUUUGGGGGCUUUGCCACCUUCCAAAGCCUACAUGGAGCAACUAAAGUCUGGGUGCGGGGAUCCCAGUGAGAGUGACAUCCUUCAUACGCUACGAUGGUCGUCACGCCUCAGAGUGUCCACUUACAUGAAUUGGAUUAAGGAACACUUGGUGAAGCAGGGAAUGAAAGCAGACCAAGCAGCCUCCCUGGUUGAAAUCACAGCUGCAAAGUGCAGCACAGUUAAAUAUGAUGUGGAACUAGCAGAGGACUACAUUGCCAAACAGAUUUCAACCUUCUCCAGUGUUGACCCAAAUGUUAUAGUUCCACUUGAUCAGCUGCCCUCGCUACAAGCCAUCUAUACACUGGAUGCAGUUAUCUCCAAAGUGCAGGUGUCCCUGGAUGAACAUUUGUCCAAAGUUGCCACUGAGGCAGACAGUCACAAGUCAUCAGAGAUCACAAAGAACUUGUUGUCUGCCACGCUGCAACUCGCUGAUGUUUACACAGCCUUUACAAGGUCUUAUCUAUUAAUGAACAUACCAGAGGAAGGGGAAAACAAGCUGUCGGAUGCCAAGCUCCAGGGUUAUGCUGCUGUACUGUCCAUUGGCUCCACCCGCUGCAAGGCCAACUUGCUGGGACAGAAUGUUAUGCAGAACUUACCACCAGCUGUGCAGACACUAUGUGAAACAUGGAACACCAUCCAUACAAACGAAUUCCCCAACAUUGGAUCUUGGCGAAAUGCAUUUGCCAAUGAUACCAUUCCAUCAGAGAGCUACAUCAGUGCCAUCCAAGCAGCACACCUGGGAACACUAAGCUGCCAGUCUUUGCCUCUGGCAUCGUCUCUCAAACACAUUCUGCUGUCUUUGGUUCGUCUCACUGGUGACCUCAUUGUCACCGAGGAGGUGAACCCUUCUCAGAUUGUGCGGACACUGCUUCCCCUCCUCUUGGAGAGCAGCACAGAGAGUGUGGCAGAAAUCAGCACGACAUCACUAGAGCGCAUUCUUGGUCCGUCAGAGUCUGAUGCCUUCCUGGGCCGCAUUUAUGAACGCUUGGUGACCGGAUGUUACAACAUCAUUGCAAAUCAUUCUGACCCCAACAGUGGUUUGGAUGAGUCUGUCCUUGAGGAAUGCCUUCAGUACCUUGAAAAACAGCUCGAGAGUGUUCAGGUCCGCAAAGCCAUGGAGGAGUUUUUUUCGUUCAGUGGCGAGCUUGUCCAAAUUAUGAUGGCAACAGCCAACGAAAGCCUAUCUGCAAAAUUCUGCAACAGAGUGCUGAAAUUUUUCACAAAGCUUUUUCAGCUAACGGAAAAGAGCCCAAACCCCAGUUUGCUCUGUCUUUGUGGCUCUUUGGCACAGCUGGCUUGUGUGGAACCUUCUCGUCUGCAGUCAUGGCUGACACGCAUGACUGCCACCCCACCCAAAGACUCGGAGCAGCUGGAAAUUGUUCAAGAAAACCGACAGCUUUUGCAACUCCUCACCACUCAUAUAGUGCGGGACAAUAGCCAGGUGGGGGAAGGAGUGUGCACUGUUCUCCUGAGCACUCUGAUUCCAAUGGCAACAGACAUGCUGACUACUGGAGAUGGGACAGGAUUCCCUGAGCUCAUGGUCAUUAUGGCCACACUAGCCAGCGCUGGACAGGGAGCGGGCCACCUGCAGCUGCACAGGGCAGUUAUUGACUGGCUCACGAGAUGCAAAAAGUAUUUAAUACAGAAGAAUGUUGUCGAAAAAGUGAGCACUAACACAUCCCAAGGAAAGCAUGCAAGCAUGUUGGAAUGCUCAUGUCACAUUAUUUCCUACCUCGCUGAUGUGAUGAAUGCCUUGAGGCAAAGCAAUGGACAAGGUUCCUCAACAUUACUCAUGGAGGGUGAAGAAAAGGCCAUGGAAGUGGACUCGGACUGGGUAGAGGAACUAGCUGUAGAGGAAGAUGAUUCCCAGGCAGAAGAUUCUGAUGAAGACUCUCUCUGCAACAAACUCUGCACCUUCACCAUAACUCAGAAAGAAUUCAUGAACCAACACUGGUAUCACUGUCACACUUGUAAGAUGGUGGAUGGGGUAGGUGUGUGCACUGUGUGCGCCAAGGUCUGUCAUAAAGACCAUGAGAUCUCCUAUGCCAAAUAUGGCUCAUUCUUCUGUGACUGCGGUGCCAAAGAGGAUGGCAGCUGCCAGGUGAGACCGAAUACCUCAGGUCAUCAUGGGAAGAGAACAACAGCGGCCUUGGUGAAACGCAGCCCAAGCAGUGGCAUGGGAUCCACUCUCAAGGAGUCUUCAGCGUUCCAGAGCGAGUUGCGCAUGCCGGAGAACGCAAGCCGCCACCAGAGUGCCUCCCCAUCUGACAAAGGCAAGGUGACCAUUUGUGAUGGCAAACCAGGUGAUGAGGAAAGACCAAAGAAGAGCAGUGUGUGCAAGAGUAUUGUGGGCUGCCAGGAAGAGCUACUUUCACAAGUGAAUGCCUCGUCUACUGCUGCCGUCAUACUGGAAAUGCUCAUGUUUCUAAUGGAAGCCAUUCAGAACAAUUUCCAGCAGGCAUCGGCUGUAGGAAGCAGCAGCCGGGCACAGCAAGCCCUCACUGAACUUCACACUCAGGACAAAAGUGUGGAUAUGACAGAUCAGCUAAUGGUACCCACUCUUGGUUCUCAGGAGGGGGCUUUUGAGAACGUGAGAAUGAAUUACAGCGGCGACCAGGGGCAGACAAUCCGCCAGCUCAUUAGUGCUCAUGUGCUGAGGCGUGUUGCCAUGUGUGUCUUGUCAUCACCCCAUGGCCGCCGCCAACACCUUGCAGUCAGCCAUGAAAAGGGAAAGAUAACGGUUUUGCAGCUUUCUACCCUAUUGAAGCAAGCCGACUCCAGCAAGAGGAAGCUGACACUCACGCGUCUGGCCUCGGCCCCUGUCCCUUUCACUGUCCUCAGUCUCACAGGCAACCCUUGUAAUGAAGAUUAUUUGGCUGUGUGUGGCCUCAAGGACUGCCAUGUGCUCACCUUCAGCAGCACAGGCUCUGUGUCCGACCAUCUGGUGCUGCACCCACAACUUGCUACUGGCAACUUCAUCAUCAAAGCCAUUUGGUUGCCAGGCUCGCAAACUGAGCUAGCGAUUAUCACUGCUGAUUUUGUCAAGAUUUACGACUUGUCUGUGGAUGCUUUGAGUCCCAUGUACUACUUCCUACUGCCGAGUUCGAAAAUUCGUGAUGCUACCUUCCUUUUCAAUGAAGAGGGAAAGAACAUCAUUGUCAUCAUGUCGUCAGCGGGUUACAUAUAUACCCAGGUCAUGGAUGAAUCCAGCAGUGCUCAACAUGGCCCUUUCUAUGUCACAAAUGUGUUAGAGAUAAGCCAUGAAGACUUGAAGGAUAGCAACGGUCAGGUUGCUGGAGGAGGGGUAUCAGUCUAUUACUCCCAUGUCCUCCAAAUGCUUUUCUUCAGCUAUAGCCAGGGAAAGUCCUUUGCUGCAACAGUGAGUCGCAGCACCACUGAUGUUCAGCGACUCUUCCCCAUCAACGUCAAAGGUUCCAACGGCAGCAGUAAGAUGUCACCAGCCCUUUGCCAGUGGUCCGAGGUCAUGAACCAUCCAGGACUUGUAUGCUGUGUGCAGCAGACAACGGGCAUUCCACUGGUUAUUAUGAUUAAGCCUGACACUUUCCUCAUUCAAGAAAUUAAAACUCUGCCAGCCAAAGCUAAGAUUCAAGACAUGGUAGCAAUUCGACACACUGCAAGUAAUGAGCAACAACGCACGACCAUGAUUCUUCUAUGUGAGGAUGGAAGCCUGCGAAUCUACAUGGCCAAUGUGGACAACACCUCAUACUGGCUGCAGCCCUCACUACAACCCACCUGUGGCAUCAACAUCAUGAAGCCUGUCCGCAAGCGCAAAGCUGCAGCUACGGCAACACGAGCCUCCAGUCAGGUGACCUUUCCAGUAGACUUUUUUGAACACAACCAGCAGCUGACAGAGGUGGAGUUUGGUGGCAACGACUUGCUGCAGGUCUACAACGGACAGCAGAUUAAACACAGGCUCAACUCUACUGGGAUGUACGUGGCUAAUACAAAGCCUGGGGGAUUCACCGUGGAAGCAGUCAACAGCAACAGUUCAAUGGUGAUGACAGGCAUGCGUGUGCAGGUUGGAACUCAGGCCAUUGAGAGGGCUCCCUCCUAUGUGGAGGUCUUUGGUCGCACCAUGCAGAUAAAUCUAACAAGGGCACGCUGGUUUGACUUCCCCUUCACCCGAGAAGAGGCACUACAGGCUGACAAGAAGUUGUCAAUUUUCAUUGGAGCAUCGGUUGACCCGGCUGGAGUCACCAUGUUGGAUUCAGUCAAGAUCUAUGGAAAAACCAAAGAGCAGUUUGGUUGGCCUGAGGAGCCACCAGAGGACUUCUCGUCCACCUCUGUAAACAAUGUCUGCAGUCCCAACCUUAACCAGGGUAAUGGCACUUCUGAUGGCGAUGUCGUCACACCAUCCACCACCAAUGGCACUGUGCUGGAGAGUUGUGAAACUGAGUCCUUAUCCACCUUGGACCGGCUUGUGGUCAGUGCUCUUGAAGCUCUGGAAAGCUGCUUUGCAGUUGGGUCCUCGAAUGAAAAGGAAAAGAACAAGGCUGCUGCGCUGGAGCUGGCCACUUUCCUUCUGUCAAUGCCAACUCCAGCAGGUGUGCAGCAGCAGACGAAGGGACUUCUUGCCAGCCUUCACACCAGUCGUAUUGCCUAUCACAACCACAAGGACCAGUCCCUGCUGAGUAAUGCAGUGCAGUGUCUGAACAGCUGCAGUCGUGAGGGCAAAGAAUUAGACCCUGAUGUCUUCCAGAGGCUUGUGAUCACUGCCCGCUCCAUUGCAAUCAUGAGGCCCAAUAAUUUGGUGCAUUUCACGGAAUCCAAGUUAUUUCAACUUGACUCUGACGUGACAGAUGAUGGGCAAAAGCAUGUGGAAGUCGAAAACCAUAAUUUCAUCACACAACUGAUGAGUAACUUUUGGAAGCUACAUUCUCUGAAACCUAAGAAUGCCUUUCUUGCUCCUGCAUGCCUGCCAGGUCUCACUCAUGUGGAGGCAACAGUAAAUGCCCUGGUGGACAUCAUCCAUGCAUACUGCACCUGUGAGCUUGAUUACAUCAAUGUGGCAUCCAAAAUCUACAUGCAAAUGUUGCUCUGCCCUGACACAGCAGUCAGCUUUGCUUGUAAGCAGGCACUGAUCAGAGUCCUUCGACCACGAAAUAAGCGUCGCCAUGUUACCCUCCCAUCACCCCCACGCUCCAACACACCAAUUGGGGAUAAAGAUGACGACGACGAUGAUGACGCAGAAGACAAAAUGCAAUCAUCGGUGCUUACUGGUGGAGAGGAGGUUAGGCCGGAGAGUCAGGAACAAAAUGAAGUGGAUCAUGGCGACUUUGAGAUGGUGUCAGAAUCAAUGGUCCUGGAGACACCAGAGAAUCUAAACAAUGGAAAUCCAUCCCCCCUGGAAGCAUUGCUGGCUGGAGCGGAGGGUUUCCCCCCCAUGCUGGACAUCCCUCCCGAUGCUGAUGAUGAAACCAUGGUCGAGCUCGCGAUUGCGCUCAGCCUUCAGCAGGAUCAACAAGGGAGUAGUAGCAGUGCCCUUGGCCUUCAGAGCCUAGGCCUGUCUGGUCAAGCCCCAAGCUCAUCGUCACUGGACGCUGGUACGCUGUCAGACACCACUGCAUCAGCCCCAGCAUCCGAUGACGAGGGCAGUACUGCUGCCACUGAUGGCUCCACUCUGCGGACCUCCCCAGCUGAGCAUGGCGGCAGUGUGGGCUCAGAGAGUGGCGGUUCUGCUAUCGAUUCUGUUGCAGGGGAGCACAGUGUGUCAGGACGCAGCAGUGCUUACGGGGAUACAACAGUGGAGGGCCACCCUGCGGGUCCAGGCAGUGUGAGCUCCAGCACCGGUGCGAUCAGCACCACCACAGCCCAGCAGGAAGGUGAAGGCUCAGAGGGAGAAGGAGAGACUGAGGGAGACAUUCACAGAAGUAACAGGCUUCACAUGGUUCGUCUUAUGUUACUGGAACGCCUGCUGCAACACCUCUCUCAGCUCCACAAUGUUGGUGGUGUUCAAGCCAUUCCUUACAUGCAAGUUAUCCUUAUGCUGACCUCUGACCUUGAUGGGGAGGAUGAAAAGGAUAAGGGUGCCUUGGAUGAUCUGCUCGCGCAGCUUAUUGCAGAGCUCGGCAUGCAUAAGAAGGAUGUUUCAAAAAAGAAUGAUCGCUGCCCUAUGAAUGAAGUACACCUGGUCAUCAUGAGACUGCUCAGCGUCUUCAUGUCUCGAACCAAAUCUGGCUCCAAGUCCUCCUCCGAGUCAUCCUCACUGAUUUCCAAUGCGACAGCGUCCGCCUUGCUCGGCCUGGGUGCCAUUGAAUACUGUCUCCAUGUGCUCAAAUCCCUUCUGGAGUUCUGGAAGAGCCAGCAGGGUGAAGAAGAACCUGUGACCACAAGCCAGCUCCUUCGCCCACACACAUCAUCUUCUCCGCCAGACAUGAGCCCCUUUUUCCUCCGCCAGUAUGUCAAGGGACAUGCUGCUGAUGUGUUUGAAGCAUAUUCACAGCUGCUCACUGAAAUGGUGCUGCGACUGCCGUAUCAGAUCAAAAAGAUAGCUGACACCAAUCCACGUAGCCCACCUCCUGUCUUUGACCAUUCCUGGUUCUACUACCUGUCUGAAUAUCUGAUGAUCCAACAGACACCAUUUGUCAGGAGGCAAGUUAGAAAGCUGUUGCUCUUUAUCUGCGGCUCCAAGGAAAAGUAUCGUCAGCUGCGGGACCUGCACACUUUGGAUUCUCAUGUGCGCAGCAUCAAAAAGCUUCUGGAGGAACAGGGCAUCUUCCUCCGGGCGGGCAUUGUUACAGCUUCAUCUGGUUCAGCUCUGCAAUAUGACACACUGAUCACACUGAUGGAGCAUCUGAAAGCCUGUGCUGAAAUUGCCACUCAGAGGACAAUUAACUGGCAGAAGUUUUGUGUGAAAGAUGACUCUGUGUUGUACUUCUUGCUUCAGGUCAGCUUCCUUGUUGACGAGGGCGUUUCGCCAGUCCUUUUGCAAUUGCUCUCAUGUGCGCUGUGUGGCAGCAAGGUGCUAGCCAACUCCUCGUCCCUCUCAGGGGGGUCUAGCAGCGGACAGGGAGGAACUUCUCAAUCCUCUCAGAGCAAGUCCUCGAGUAAAAAGAGCAAAAAAGAGGAUAAAGAGAAGGACAAAGAGGGGGAUGGAGUUGGUAGCCAGGAAGAUCAAUUGUGCAUGGCUCUCGUCAGUCAGCUCAACAAGUUUGCAGACAAAGAGACCCUCAUCCAGUUUUUGCGCUGCUUCCUGCUUGAGUCCAACUCAUCAGCGGUGCGCUGGCAAGCCCACUGCUUGGCAUUACAUAUCUACAGGAACUCAAGUAAAUCCCAGCAGGAAUUGUUGCUGGAGCUCACAUGGGCCAUCUGGCCAGAGCUCCCAGCAUAUGGCCGCAAAGCUGCACAGUUUGUCGACCUUCUCGGGUACUUCUCACUCAAGACCCCGCAGACCGAGAAAAAGCUGAAGGAGUAUUCUCAGAAGGCUGUGGAAAUCCUGCGAACACAGAACCACAUCCUGACAAAUCACCCAAACUCUAACAUCUAUAAUACUCUGUCAGGUCUGGUAGAGUUUGAUGGUUUUUAUUUGGAAAGUGACCCUUGCUUGGUGUGUAAUAAUCCAGAGGUUCCCUUUUCGAAUAUCAAGCUGUCAUCGAUCAAAGUGGACACCCGCUACACUACCACACAACAGGUGGUCAAGCUUAUUGGCAGCCACACCAUUAGCAAAGUUACUGUGAAGAUCGGUGACCUCAAACGCACCAAAAUGGUCCGCACCAUUAACCUCUACUACAACAACAGGACCGUGCAAGCUAUUGUGGAGCUGAAGAACAAGCCUGCUCGUUGGCAUAAAGCCAAGAAAGUGCAACUCACCCCAGGUCAAACGGAGGUGAAAAUUGACCUGCCCUUACCCAUUGUCGCAUCCAACCUGAUGAUUGAGUUCUCUGACUUCUAUGAGAACUACCAGGCCUCCACUGAGACGCUGCAGUGCCCACGCUGCAGUGCCUCUGUGCCUGCCAACCCUGGUGUGUGUGGCAACUGUGGUGAGAAUGUAUAUCAGUGCCACAAGUGCAGGUCUAUCAACUACGACGAAAAGGACCCCUUUCUGUGCAACGCCUGUGGUUUCUGCAAAUAUGCCAGAUUUGACUUUAUGCUUUAUGCCAAACCAUGCUGCGCUGUGGAUCCUAUUGAAAAUGAAGAAGACAGGAAAAAAGCUGUGACAAACAUCAACACCCUUCUGGAAAAAGCCGAUCGUGUCUACCACCAGCUGAUGGGUCACCGACCCCAGCUGGAAAGUCUUUUGUCUAAAGUCAAUGAGGCGGCACCGGAAAAGCCACAGGAUGACACAGGCGCUGCUGCGGGCCUUGGCACAUCUUCUGCCAAUGUGAACAGAUACAUUCAACAGCUGGCUCAGGAGUACAGUGGCGACUGCAAAACAUCAUUUGAUGAACUCUCCAAGAUUAUACAGAAAGUGCUCGCAUCUCGCAAGGAGCUGCUUGAGUAUGAUCUUCAGCAGCGCGAGGCUGCCACCAAGUCUUCCCGAAGCAGCAGCAGCCAUCAGCCGACCUUCACGGCCAGCCAGUACCGUGCCCUCUCUGUGCUGGGUUGCGGCCACACCUCCUCCAACAAGUGUUACGGCUGUGCCUCAGCUGUCACAGGUCACUGUAUCACACUGCUGCGUGCGCUGGCCACCAACCCAGCCCUCCGGCAGAUCCUCGUCCUUCAGGGGCUCAUCCGGGAGCUUUUUGAGUAUAACUUGCGCCGAGGUACUGCAGCCAUGCGAGAGGAAGUACGCCAACUAAUCUGUUUACUUACCAGAGAUCACCCUGAAGCCACUCAGCAGAUGAAUGACCUUAUCAUUGCCAAGGUUUCGGCAGCCCUCAAAGGUCACUGGGCCAAUCCUGACCUGGUUAGUAAUCUUCAGUAUGAAAUGCUGCUCUUAACUGAUUCCAUUUCAAAAGAGGGAGGAUGCUGGGAGUUACGGCUGCGCUGUGCUCUUAGUCUGUUCCUCAUGUCAGUUAACAUCAAGACUCCCGUUGUGGUGGAGAAUAUCACUCUCAUGUGCUUGAAAAUCCUGCAGAAGCUGAUCAAGCCCCCUGCCCCCACUAGCAAGAAGAACAAGGAUGCUGCUACCGAAUCCCUGACCACCGUUCGGCCCUACAGUAAUGAAAUCCAUGCUCAAGCCCAAAUGUGGCUCAAGAAGGAUCCCAAAGCUUCAUAUGAGGCCUGGAAAAAAUGCCUCCCUGCAAGAUGCCAUGAGAUGGUCACAAAACCGCAGGGGAAAGGUGAACUACGAAAACAGUAUCUGAUGGAGAAGUAUGUGUGGAAGUGGAAGCAGUAUAUGAGGUCCAGAAGAGGUGAAAUCCUUUUCCCUCGCCUACUCAGGCUGAGCCACAACAAUUGGCUGCGGCAGGUCCUUUUCACCCCUGCCACUCAAGCCGCCAGACAGGCAGCUUGCACAAUUGUGGAGGCUCUCACGACAAUCCCCAGCCGCAAACAACAAGUCUUGGGCCUGCUCACGAGUUACCUGGAUGAGCUGAGCUUGGCUGGAGAGUGUGCAGCGGAGUACCUUGGUCUCUACCAAAAGCUCAUCAAACCAACACAUUGGAAGGUUUACUUGGCUGCACGAGGAGUCCUUCCCUACAUUGGCAAUCUCAUCACCAAGGAAAUCGCCAACCUGCUGGCCCUGGAGGAGGCGACGCUGAGCACAGAUUUACAGCAGGGCUAUGCCCUCAAGAGCUUUACUGGAUUACUAUCAUCAUUUGUGGAGGUGGAGUCCAUUAAGCGGCAUUUUAAGAGCCGUCUGGUCGGCACAGUGCUGAACGGCUAUCUGUGUCUGAGAAAGCUGGUGGUGCAGCGCACCAAACUCAUCGAUGAGACUCAGGAUAUGCUGCUGGAGAUGCUGGAGGACAUGACCACAGGCACAGAGUCUGAAACAAAGGCUUUCAUGGCAGUGUGCAUUGAGACUGCGAAGAGAUACAAUUUGGAUGACUACAGAACACCUGUGUUCAUUUUUGAGAGACUGUGUAGCAUAAUUUAUCCUGAGGAGAACGAGGUGACAGAGUUCUUUGUAACCCUGGAAAAAGAUCCCCAGCAAGAGGAUUUCCUUCAGGGUCGCAUGCCUGGAAACCCUUAUAGUAGCAACGAGCCAGGCAUCGGCCCCCUUAUGAGGGACAUUAAGAACAAGAUAUGCCAAGACUGCGACCUGGUGGCACUCCUUGAAGAUGAUAGCGGCAUGGAGCUUCUGGUGAACAACAAAAUCAUUAGCUUGGACCUGUCUGUCGCCGAAGUCUACAAGAAGGUGUGGUGCCCGACAAAUGAGGGUGAGCCAAUGAGAAUCAUAUAUCGAAUGAGAGGUCUGCUGGGCGAUGCAACGGAGGAGUUCAUAGAGUCGCUGGACUCAACCACAGAUGAGGAGGAAGAUGAUGAAGAGGUGUACAAGAUGGCAGGUGUCAUGGCACAGUGUGGUGGGCUGGAGUGCAUGCUCAAUCGGCUAUCAGGAAUCAAAGAUUUUAAACAGGGUCGUCAUCUGCUCACAGUUUUGCUGAAGUUGUUCAGUUAUUGUGUAAAAGUGAAAAUAAACCGACAACAGCUCAUCAAACCAGAGAUGAACACGCUCAACGUCAUGCUCGGAACUCUAAACUUGGCUUUAGUGGCAGAACAAGAGAGUAAAGACAGCGGUGGGGCCUCCAUAGCAGAGCAAGUUCUGAGCAUAAUGGAGAUCAUUUUGGACGAAGCUAAUGCAGAGAUUUCGGAGGACAAGGGUAACUUAUUGCUGACCGGGGACAAGGACCAACUUGUCAUGUUACUGGACCAGAUCAACACCCCAUUUGUGCGCUCCAACCCCAGCGUCCUGCAGGGUCUGCUUCGCAUCAUCCCGUACUUGUCGUUUGGCGAACUGGAGAAGAUGAGGAUCUUGGUCGAGCGCUUCAAGCCAUGCUGCAGCUUUGACAAGUAUGACGAGGAUCAUAGCGCUGAUGACAAAGUGUUUUUGGAUUGCUUCUGUAAAAUCGCUGCUGGAAUAAAAAAUAACAGUAAUGGCCAUCAGCUAAAAGAUCUUAUUCUGCAAAAAGGAAUUACACAAAAUGCGCUGGACUACAUGAAGAAACACAUCCCAAAUGCCAAAAAUCUGGAUGCUGACAUCUGGAAGAAGUUCCUCUCUCGACCUGCGCUACCCUUCAUUCUAAGAUUGCUCCGUGGUUUGGCUACCCAGCAUCCCCCCACGCAGGUGCUGAUAGGCAAUGAUUCAAUUACCAACCUGCACAAGCUGGAGCAGGUCUCCAGCGACGAGGGGAUUGGUACGCUUGCAGAGAACCUUCUGGAAGCAUUGAGGGAGCACAGUGACGUGAAUUUGAAGAUAGAAGCGGCGCGCAGGGAGACCAGAGCUGAGAAGAAGCGUAUGGCCAUGGCGAUGAGACAGAAGGCUCUCGGAACACUGGGCAUGACGACCAACGAGAAGGGUCAGGUGGUGACCAAGACUUCACUGUUGAAACAAAUGGAGGAGCUGAUAGAGGAGCCAGGCUUAACUUGCUGCAUCUGUAGAGAAGGUUACAAAUUCCAGCCCACCAAGGUCCUGGGUAUUUACACUUUCACAAAGCGGGUAUCACUAGAGGAAUUUGAGAACAAGCCUCGCAAGCAGCAGGGCUACAGCACUGUGUCGCACUUUAACAUUGUCCACUACGACUGCCAUCUGGCAGCUGUCAGGCUGGCCCGUGGGCGAGAAGAAUGGGAAAGCGCCGCUCUCCAGAACGCCAACACCAAGUGCAAUGGACUGCUCCCGGUUUGGGGGCCCCACGUGCCAGAAUCUGCGUUUGCUACAUGCUUAGCACGACACAAUACAUAUCUGCAGGAAUGCACAGGCCAGCGCGAGCCCACGUACCAACUCAACAUCCACGACACCAAACUGCUGUUCCUUCGCUUUGCUACCGAACAAUCAUUCAGCGUGGACACAGGAGGAGGCGGCCGAGAGAGCAACAUCCAUCUCAUCCCCUACAUCAUCCACACUGUGCUCUAUGUGCUCAACACGACACGGGCUACUUCCCGAGAGGAAAAGAACCUGCAGGGUUUCCAGGAGCAGCCGUGUGAGAAAUGGGUGGAGAGCUCGUACGAGGUAGAAGGGCCGCAUUACUAUACUGUCCUGGCCAUGCACAUCAUGCCCCCCGAACGCUGGAAGACCUCGCGGAUUUACUUCCUCCGGAGACUCUUGGUCAACGCACACGCCCGCAAGGUGUCGGCGAGCAGCGCCAACAAACUGACAGAUAAAGUACCAAAGGAGUAUGCAGUCUAUCGCUCGCCCCUUCUCUUCUGGGGCCUGGUGGAUCUUGUCUAUGACAUGUUCAGGAAAGUUCCCACCAGCAACACGGAGGGCGGCUGGUCCUUCUCGCUUGCAGAAUACGUGCGUCACAAUGACAUGCCCAUCUACGAGGCCUCGGAGCGCGUGCUCAGGGCUUUCCAGGAUGAACUCAUGCCCGCCGAAUCCUUGGCAGAGUUCUUUGAUGUUGUAGGUCUCCUCUCCGAAAUCCCAGAUCCAGAUCUCUUCCUGCAGGAUUUGUUGAACUCUUUGCCCUGACGGGUAUAGCGUGAUCCACCCGCGCACCAAUUCCCAAUCCAAACUGCAUCGCAACUCCAUUUGGGACAUCCACCAAAUAAACACAUGUCCUCUUUGUGCACAGUGUAUCCGCCAUUGCUUCGCCCCUCGUCCCCGCCCACCCAGUGACAUCUUCAAUUGAACCUUAAGCGGAAUCGAUGUGAAAUCUUCUAAUACACUAUCGCGUGUUGAGCACACAACUAAUUCCACACAAAGCAAACGCAGAUGACGAGGUGCUGCAAUAUCCCGGCGGUUGGAGAUGGGUCCCACGACACCAUGAGAGCGGCAUUGGAUUUUAUCUUGUUUUUGCUUUUCGUUUUCCUAUUUACGGUUUUGGUCGGCGUGUUUUAAAACGGCGGAGAAUGCUUCACCUGCUCGUGAUCUAACUUGUCCUCCUUUGGUCGUCACGUAUGGUUCUAACUGGAAUUUGAGUGAAAGACGGCAUUUUUCUUUAGUGCGUAUGAGCAAGGUUUGUUUUAUCAAUUUGGCAAGCAACAGCAAGAAGAAGUAUUGAUGCGUCAGUUUUAUUUUCAUCCUUGACACAAUGCCUUGGUCACGUUAACCUUUCGUCAAGAGUUCAUCCGUUGCAGUGAUAUUUUAGGUCUCCUGUUGCAAUACAUAAUAAAUAUACGUUUAUAUCCCUAAACAAAUUUUGGGGGUUUUGUUUGUUUUCACUUCAUGGGUUUUUGCAUAAUGAGUGCUCCAAUGAAAGUUAUCCCCCCCCAGACACACGCACACAAAAUAAAAAUAGUGGCCAGAGAGCUCCUCUUGGUCAGCAAGAUGCAGCCAAGUUUUACGGUCACCAACCUUGAGUAAAAGUAGUGGCGUUUGCCAGCUGAAUGCAUGGUGUGGACUUGACUCACUUUAUUGUUCAUUCGCCCGCUGCUACGGUUGUUCAAAUGUUGCUGAAUGUCUGCUUUUUGAAUUAGACCUAUGAUUAAUAAAGUUGAUAUAUGGUUAGGA